AUUUCUUUAAACCACCUGAACAACAAUUAGAAUCAAUCGCUGCGUUAAUCGAAGCUGCUGGUGAUACUUUGGAAGGGAUCAAAGCACAAACAAGAGCUGGAUUGGAAUAUGCAUUAGAGGAACACAAAACAAUCGAUGUGAAGAUCGAUAUGAAAGCGCCAAUUAUUGUUAUACCUGAAAGUUGUACAAAAAAGGAUGCACAAGUAGUUGUUCUAGAUUCAGGUCAUAUUAGUGUAGUCAGUAAUCUUGUUGAUAAAGACACUAUAGCCGAGGUUCAAGCAAAAGAAACUAAAAAAUAUAACGAAGAUGAUUAUAAGCAAUUAGAAUCUUUGAUGUACGAUAAAUUUACAGUAAAUCUUUCUUCUACUCAGCUACUUGUUGGUCAAUCUGUUGAUCGUUGCUUGAAUCAAAUACGUGACCCAAAUUCAAAUUUCGAUUUUCAUGUUAUUGAAAGGAUAAAUAUGACAUUUUUUGUUGAAAUGUCAAUAGUACGAAGGGCUUCUAAUUUAACUAAAUUUAGAAUAUCAGGGCAUUUACCAUUACUUAAAGCUAAUUUCUCUGAUAGAAAAUAUAAAAUAAUUAUGAAUAUUAUUGAUACAAUUGUUCCACCAAAUGAACCAUCAACUCCGAAUAAAGGUGAAAGUAAUUUUUCAAAUUUUGAUAAAAAACCAUUAUCACCAAAACCUUCCCGAGAUCUUAAUUUUAUAAGAGAAAAGGCUUUGAAAUGGGAGCGUCUAAAGCAUAGGGAAUCUAUGGCAGGAAAGUUCGGGUUGAUUGACAAAUUUACAGCGAAUUUGAAAAAAGCAGAUCCUGAUCCUCAGAAACCUGAAAUAAUUUUAGUUGACAUGGCUUUAGAACAUUUUGGUUUAAACUACACUCUUCGACCUUUUGAUAUGUCUGCUGUUGUAGUUCUUAAAUCUCUUAGUAUCGAAGAUAAAAUUUCUGAUAUAACUUCUGAAUUUAAACAUUUGGCUGCUUCUGAAGGAUACGGAAAUGCUCAAGCUGAAGAUUCAAAAGAUCUUGUUCAUGUGAAAUACACUAAAGUUAAACCAGAGUCACCAGAGUAUAUGUCGAGAUUUGAAGGAAUUGACCAAAGCGUCGAUAUAGAGAUGUCUACUAUAAAUGUUAUCAUAACUCGGAAAAGCAUAUUAACACUUUAUAAUUUCAUAUUAGACACUUCUACAGUGUCUCCAGCAACAACGACAACAACACCUGUAAGCGUUGUCUUACAACCUCAUGUGGCCAUUAAUACACCAGGCAUAUCAUUAGAAACGCCAGAAUCUCCCUCCCCACAACAACAAUCUUCUAAAAUACGUGUUAAAGCCCGUUUGAACAGUAUAAGAUUUAUUUUGAACAAUGACGGUGUUAGGCUUGCAACAGGACUUUUAUCUCGUGCUGAUGUAGCUGUUUUAUUAAGACAAAAUACUUUACGUGUUGGGGCACGUUUGGGUAAUUUUUCACUAACUGACGAUAUGGCAACUAAAGAUACACCUGAAUCGUUAAGACAAUUGCUCACAAUACAAGGGGAAAAUUUAGCUGAUUUUAGAUAUGAAACCUUUGAUGAGAAUGCUCCUAGUUUUCCUGGAUACAAUUCAUCUAUUUAUUUACGUGCAGGAUCUGCAAGAGUAACUUUCCUCGAAAAACCGAUUCUACUUUUACUUGAUUUUGGUAGCAAGUUUGCUCAGAUGAAAGGCCUAUAUGAUAAAAGUUUGUAG